UGCAUACUGGAGACAAAUUCGUAAAAUAUGCAUACUGGAACUCUUGAGUGCCAAGGUGGUCAACAACUUUGUUAGCUCGAUUCGUCAAGACGAGUUGUUGAAUAUGACUUCAUCGAUACGAUCCAUGUCCAAUAUUAAGGUCAACCUUACGGAAAAAAUUAUUUGGUUUACUAGUUCAGUAACUUGUAGAUCAGCUUUAGGGAAGAUAAGCAAUGAGCACCAGGACAAGUUGAUAUAUCUUCUGAAAGAAAUGCUAUCAUUGUCAAUUGCAGUUAAUGUUGUUGAUUUUUUCCCCAAAUGGAAAUUCCUUCAUGACCUUGGUGGUUCAAGAUCUCGACUGUUGAAGGUCCAUAGUAAGGUUGAUGAAAUCUUGGAAUAUGUAGUUAAUGAGCACAAACAGAGUCGAGCGAAUGGGAAAAUGGGUAAUGGUGAAUAUGGGACCGAAGAUUUGAUUGAUGUUAUGCUAAGAGUUAGAGAAAGCGGAGAACUUCAAGUUCCCAUCAGUGAUGACAAUAUCAAAGCAAUAAUACUUGACAUGUUCUCCGCGGGGUCUGAAACAACAUCGACAACUAUAAAUUGGGCAUUCUCUGAAAUGAUAAAGCAUCCGAUUGUCUUAGCAAAGGCACAAGCUGAAGUAAGACAAUCCUUGAAGGGAAAGAAAGAUUUUCAACAGAUUGAUCUUGACGAGUUAAAGUACCUGAAGUUAGUAAUCAAAGAAACUUUACGAAUGCACCCUCCUGUACCUCUAUUUGUACCUAGAGAAUGCAUGGAGGAAACAAAGAUUGACGGGUAUGUUAUACCUCUUAAAGGCAGAGUCUUAGUUAAUGCAUGGGCAAUUGGAAGAGAUCCUGAAAGUUGGGAUGAUCCUGAGAAUUUUUUGCCAGAAAGAUUCGAGAAUAGUCAUGUCGACUUUCUUGGAAAUCAUCAUCAGUUUAUUCCAUUUAGUUCAGGAAGAAGGAUGUGCCCAGGAAUGUUAUUCGGUUUGGCUAAUGUUGGACAACUUUUAGCUCAGUUACUUUAUCACUUUGACUGGAAACUCCCUAAUGGACAAAGUCAUCAAAGUCUUGACAUGACAGAGUCACCUGGAGUUUCUGCAACAAGAAAAGAAGAUCUUAUUUUGAUUCCCGCUCCUUACGAUUCUUGAGUUCACUGAGACAAGAACAUUGGAACCAGAAAAGAUGGAACACUGAAACCUUGAACACAUAUUUUUCUCAUUUCCCUCCAAUAGUCAUGGUAAGGUGCAAAACCAAUAACAUGACCCUUGUCAGACAAUUUUUGUUGGCCUACAAGAGAAGGUCUACUGCAAAACACUAAAUCUUGUGUCUUGAGUACUUCUUUUGCUAAUUUUGCUGAGGAAACUACAACCAGUGGAAUAGAAGCAAAUUUCAAUGAGAAGAUAUUUCCAAUGAAUGGAAGCCCUAUAGGACCUGGUGUAGAAAAAUAGGGAGGGUGUUAUAAACCAAAUGGGAGACUCCAUUUGGCCUAUAAUCCCCAUAGCAUUUCUAUAUUUUUCCAAUAUGGGAUAAUUGGUUCGUAAUAAUCGCUUUCGCUUGAGAACCAACAACCUCGUUGGUCACAGCUGAGCCCAGUUGGUCAUGGCUGGCACCCCUCUUAGAUCCAAGCCACCACUCCUGACACACAGGCCACCACUCCAAAUCGCGGCUCUACACGUGGAUCAAUCCUCGUUGGUCACAGCUGACACCCCUCUUGGGUCCAGGCCAGUGGCGGACCCAGCUUUUUUAGGUUGUGGAUGCUAAAAAAAAAAUUUUACUAAACAAUGCAGCUACAGGGAUUCGAUCCUAGGAUGGGAGAUAUGAAAGUUAUGUCUAAAGUUAGAG